UACAGUUCAACUUUGUGGGAAAACUUUUGGGUCCACGUGGCAAUUCACUGAAACGUUUACAGGAAGAAACAUUGACAAAAAUGUCUAUAUUGGGAAAAGGCUCCAUGAGGGACAAAGCCAAGGAAGAAGAGUUGAGAAAAAGUGGGGAAGCAAAGUACUUCCAUCUAAAUGAUGACCUGCAUGUUCUAAUUGAAGUAUUUGCCCCACCAGCAGAGGCAUAUGCCAGAAUGGGACAUGCUUUGGAAGAAAUCAAGAAGUUCCUUAUCCCUGACUACAAUGAUGAAAUCAGACAGGCACAGCUUCAAGAAUUAACAUAUUUGAAUGGUGGUUCAGAAAAUGCAGAAGUUCCAGUUGUUCGUGGAAAACCACCAAUACGAGCACGAGGAGUACCAGUCCCUGCUUUGGCCAGGUUGUAUGAACAGGGCUCGGCAAACCAUGGCACAUGUUCAAGUGCCACAAACGAGACUGAUUUUGAUGAACCAGUUAUGGCUGAAUUGCUCAGCCCACCGCUGGCCGGGUAUCUGGCUGACCUGCCCACCUUGCCACUCGGCGGUCCACAGCUUCAGCCCACUCAGCCCCAGCUGCUGGCCGGACCACCAAGGACCCAGGACUGGACAGGCGAG